GUGUCAAAUGACUGCUGGUUCUAAUCGAGUUCCCUAGCAUAUGGACAGCUCAGGAAUGGUGACAGGCGAGUCUUGGUUCUCCUGAGACCUUAUACAGUUGAAUUUCUAGAAGCCGCAACCGAGUUCAGUGGGUUUGGGAACUUUUGGCCCCGCUCUCCGCGCGUCCCCGUCCCCCCGUGGCCCUGGCCCUGGCACCGGCCAUGAAGCGCAUCUUCUCCUGCUCCAGCUCACAGGUGGCGGUGGAGAAAUGGAACCGCCGUGAUCAGAAGCUGCUGGAAGCAGUGCAGCGGGGGGACGUGGGACGCGUGGCUGCCCUGGCCUCCAGGAAGUCUGCCCGACCCACCAAGCUCAACUCCAACGGCCAGUCCCCGUUUCAUCUGGCCGCCUCCAAAGGCCUGACAGAAUGUCUGACCAUACUGCUUGCGAACGGUGCCGACAUCAACAGCAGGAAUGAGGACGGAAGUACCGCCUUGCACUUGGCCACCAUCUCCUGCCAGCCACAAUGUGUCAAGGUCCUGCUCCAGCAUGGAGCCAAUGAAGACGCUGUGGAUGCGGAAAAUCGGAGUCCAUUGCACUGGGCAGCCUCCUCCGGCUGUGCCUCAAGUGUGCUCCUGUUGUGUGACCACGAGGCCUUCCUGGACGUCCUGGAUAACGAUGGACGUACACCCCUGAUGAUUGCCUCGCUGGGUGGUCACGCAGCGAUCUGCUCACAGCUUCUGCAGAGAGGAGCCCGAGUUAAUGUCACAGACAAGCAUGACAAAUCGGCUCUGAUCCUGGCCUGUGAGAAAGGCAGUGCCGAGGUGGCUGAACUGCUCCUGAGCCAUGGCGCUGAUGCGGGGGCGGUGGACAGCAUGGGGCAUGACGCGCUGUACUACGGUCUGCGUACACAGGACAAGGCCCUCGGGGGGCUGCUGCAGCAGGCCAUGAACCGCAGGCAGCGGCGAGGUCACGGGCUAGUGCAACACCCAGAUGCUGCCUCUAAGGCCUCUCCAUCUGAGCCUCAGGUGGGCUCUCCGCCUAAGAGCUCAUGGAAAGCAGAGCCCGAGGAGGAGCAGGAGGAGGAAGAGGAGGAUGAAGACCCAUGCUCAGAGGAGUGGAGGUGGAAGUAUGAAAAGGAGCAGAGGAAAGUUGCUCAGUUGGAGCAGGAGUUGGCGCGAAAGACACAAGAGUGUAACGCUCAAGCUGCAGCCUACGUGGGCCUGGAGAACCAGAUUCGGGAGCAGGUACAGGAGCUGGGGCUCCUGCUGUCCCACGAGCCCAGCACUCCAGGAGGGCAGGGUUCUGGUCUCCGUCCUGGAGGAGAUGGCAUGGAGCAGGGUUGUCCCCUGGACCUGCUGGCUGAGCGCAUACAAGAGCUAAAGAAGCAGCAGCAGGCAGCAGCCACAGCCACAGCAAACCCAGCAGCUCCCAAGGAGGCUGAAGAUUCAGCUCCAGGAGAGAUCCAUUAUGAAGCCCAUGGAAGGUCCCAAGCGGAAGAACAGGGGCCACCCCAGAGGCCAAGAUCUGAGACCAUAGGGAAAGUCACAGGCCAGCAACUGACCCCCAACAGUGGACAGGCCCUUGGCCCUGAUCAUACUGACCAGUUGCUUGCUGGCCAGAAGGAGAGGCCCCAGACCGCAGGGGCUGAACCAACAGGCGCAGUGGCUGAGCCAGUGGGCAUAACAGCCACGAACCAGCUCCUGCUACAACUGAGGGAGGAGCUGGCUGCGGUGUGGCGAGAAAAGGAUGCUGCCCGGGGAGCUCUGUCCAGCCUGGUCCUAGAGGGAACUCUGGGGACGCCCCGGGCUGAGGCUGCAGCAGCUGCCUGGGAGAAGAUGGAGGCCAGGUUGGAGCGGGUGCUGGUGAGGCUGGAUCGGGCAAAGGCAGGACUACAGGGAAAACCUGAGGCUCCUGCCCAGGCAGCCAGAGAGGGAGCCCCGAAGACAGGCCCAGAAACCAUCACCAAAGAAGAUGAAAUGAGGGAGAAAGGGACUCCUGGGGCUCGCGGGGAGCCUCUAGGGGCCCCUGGUGGGGAACAGAUGCCAGGAGGAGGCCUAGCAAAGGGACCGCUGGAGAAGGAGGUGUCUGCACUGAGACAGAGCAACAGUAAUUUGCUGGACGAGCUGGGGGAGCUGGGGCGCGAGCGGCAGCGGUUGCAGGGGGAGCUGCAAUCCCUGAGCCAGCGGCUGCAGCGGGAGUUCGUGCCCAAGCCAGAAGCGCAGGUCCAGCUCCAGCAGUUGCGACAGAGCGUGGGGCUGCUGACAGAAGAACUGGCGGUGGAGAAGGAGGCCACCGAGAAGUUGCGAAGGCGCCUGGCCUCCCAGAGCAGUGGCCUCCGAGGGCUGUGGGACUGCCUGCCCGCAGACCUGGUGGGCAAGGGGAGUGCCCGGGGCAAGGCUGCCGAGCCCCUGGAGGAGCUGCAGGCCUGCAUCAGCACCCUGGUGGCCAGGCACCGCGAGGCCCAACAGGUGCGCGCUCGGCUGGAGGAGGAAAACCAGAGGCUGCGGGGGUCCCCCGCCCUACGGGGGGAGCCAGGCGCCUCCUCAAAGGUCCCAGCAUCCUCCGAAGUAGCCGCUCUGGAGCAAGACCUGGGGAAGCUGGAGGAAGAACUGCGGGCCGUUCAGGCCACGAUGAGCGGGAAGAGCCUGGAGAUCGGGAAGCUGAAGCAGCUGCUCUACCAGGCCACGGAGGAAGUGACUGAGCUGAGGGCCCGCGAGGUGGCCAGCCUGCGGCAGCACGAGAAAACUCGGGGCUCGCUGGUGGCCCAGGCCCAGGCCUGGGGCCAGGAGCUGAAGGCUCUGCUGGAGAAGUAUAACACCGCCUGCCGGGAAAUGGGCCGGCUGCGGGAGGCUGUGGCCGAGGAGCGUCGCAGGAACGGGGAUCUGGCCGCCAGGGCCGCGGAGCAGGAGCGUCAGGCCUGCGAGAUGCGUGGGCGCUCCGAGCAGUUUGAGAAAACAGUGGAGCUGAUGAAAGAGAAGACGGAGCAUCUUCUGGAAGCUUGCCGGGGCAAGGAGGCCAAGAUCAAGGAAUUGUUGAAGAAGCUGGAGCACCUUUCAGAGGAAGUCUUAGCAGUUCGGGGAGAAAAUGCUCGCCUUGCCCUGCAGCUGAAGGAUUCGCAGAAGAACCAUGAGGAGAUCAUCUCCACCUAUAGGAACCAUCUGCUGAAUGCUGCUCAGGGCUACAUGGAACAAGAUGUAUACAACAUCCUGCUACGAAUUCUCAGCAAGCAGAAGGAGUGACGCAGCCUGGGCCCUCAGGGGUCUGGGACUGCUCCCUUGGAGGAAGAGCAUCCUGGUUGCCAGAGGCUCCCCAUAAGGCUGUAGUGGGUGAGGGUUUGGUCACGAGGGAGGGUGUGGGUGGGGCUUCA